GACAGUGACUUGGUCGUUACCGAGUCUGUUCGUUUCUUCCACCACCGCAACGAUGUCCAUCCGCGGGAGCAACUCGCUGCCUUUGAGCGACGACGUAAUAGAGCAGAUAUUCCACUUUUUGCCAACCUUCUCCUCUCUUCAAUCAACCAUUCGAGUGUGCAAAGCUUUCCACAGGAUCUUCAAUACUCAUCCGAAGACUAUAGUGCGAAGGGUGGCGUAUAACGUUGCUGGGCCAGCUCUUCCGCAAGCCAUGAGAUUACUUCGGUAUAGAACAGAGGAUGAUACAGAUUCGUCUUCUUCCGAGGAGUCAGUGCAUCCGGACGAUGAGGUUCUGUCCGACUAUGGACCUGUAUCGAAUUCAGCAGCCGAGACGACUAACGGGCCUCCUCUUACGCAAUCCGAGACGAAGAAGUUGAUAAAGAUUGCCCGAGUAGCAAGUAAACUGGAGGAUCUGUUCAGUUUCAGACAUAAAAAUCGGUCGUCGAAAGUCAACAAAUUGGCAUCAAUGGAAUCAUGGCGUUUUCGUCGAGCUAUCUAUCGUCUUAUGCUCUUCUCUCGUGUUUUCCCUGGUUCCAAGUACGGCUUCCCCAGUGACGACGAAGGCGAAGACGAUGAUGAUGAUCCGGACGCAAAUUUCAAGAGAAUUCGCGAGGAUAGACAAGCGAGGAAAGAUUUCAUAGAAGACUUUUUCACGGAGGAAAUCCUUGAAAUGUAUGCCGUUACGCACUUUCUUGUCGAGACGGCGGAAUGGGUAUCGCUGGCGCAAAUCGGAUCUGUUGGCCCGACUUAUUUCGGUGACGUUGCUUUGUGUGCUGGACCAGGAGCGAUACUUGAAUCAUAUGAACAAGGAUUAGUGAUUCCCAUUCAGGAUGCUGCCGAAGAAAUGAACAUAGUUGAAGAAUUAAUCGCAGAAUAUAUCGAACAUCCCCUUUGCACUGUUCUGGAGGCGACCAAAACUGCCAUACCUGCGAAAGACAAAACCCUCUGGAAUAAGAUCUUGAGCUCCGUCGAAGGAGAAAGCGACGUCUGCAAGCGAUGCGGUGCAGCUGAAGGUUUGAACUUGUGGUCUGAAUCAAACUGGGAAUACCUUCGCGGAGUGCCUACGUUUACCAUCAAUCAGAUUCACCAGUACCUUAAGGGUCUACUACCACAGAGCUUUACUGAAAUCGCAUUCUUGCGGUUGCAGCUUCAACCUACCAACCAACCCGCUCCGUACAUGAACAUGGUGGCUGAGCUCUUCGACGUCAAAAGACCUGAGUUUGAGGAUUGGCAUAAAGAAGAUCUCUUAUGCACAUCAUGUUUGAAGAUAUUUAUCGGCGAACAUCUGCAUCUUUGGUUAUUGGAGAGAAAGCGCGCAGCUGGCAGACAAAUACCGGAAGAUUGCUGGUAUGGAUAUAACUGCCGAACGCAAACUCACAGACGGGAGCACGCGGAGAAACUCAACCAUUUGAGCGUUCCAACACGGGGUUAAAUGUUCCAACUACUCUAUAAUCAAGCCAAAUGUCUUGACAUGAACUCUUUCGUGUAUAUUUAUUACAAUGUAUUCAUACUAUAUUCAACUGCCUUGUUAACCCGUGUCUUGAUGAAUGCUU